UUUUUCUCCUGGUUUAGAUUACAUACUUGAGAUUUGGGUUUCUCUCUGUGUUAUCCUCCCCUAAGAUAACGUUAGAGAGAGAAACCAUGAAAUCUCGCUUUACCACAACUGUAUUUCGCGCCCUCAACACUACAAGGGCAUUUUCGUCUUCCACCCCCACUCCAAACCCAUCUUCUUCUCAAUUCCCUCAAACCCUUGCGGGCCUACGGGCUCGCCUGGCCUCCGAGUCACCGUCCCUCUCCAAUUUUGUCGAUCUUCAAUCUAACAAUUCGUACUCCGUGGAAGUUGGAACGAAGAAGAAGCCUUUGCCCAAGCCCAAAUGGAUGAAAGAAUCGAUUCCUGGAGGCGAUAAGUAUGUUCAGAUCAAGAAAAAGUUGAGGGACUUGAAGCUUCAUACCGUCUGUGAAGAGGCCAAGUGUCCUAAUUUGGGUGAAUGCUGGUCUGGCGGUGAAACUGGGACAGCAACGGCCACGAUUAUGAUCUUGGGUGAUACUUGUACUCGCGGUUGCAGGUUCUGCAAUGUGAAGACAUCACGAACACCUCCUCCACCUGAUCCGAAUGAACCAACCAAUGUGGCUGAGGCAAUUGCAUCAUGGGGUUUGGAUUAUGUGGUGAUAACCAGUGUUGAUCGAGAUGAUUUGCCUGAUCAAGGAAGCGGUCAUUUUGCUCAGACGGUGUUGAAAUUGAAGGAAUUGAAGCCAAAUAUGCUUAUAGAAGCGUUGGUUCCUGAUUUUCGUGGAAACCGUGGAUUUGUGGAGGAAGUUGCAAAGUCAGGGUUGGAUGUCUUUGCACACAAUAUUGAGACGGUUGAAGAGCUUCAAAGUGCUGUGAGGGAUCACCGUGCCAAUUUUAAGCAAUCUUUGGAUGUUCUAAUGAUGGCCAAAGAAUGUGCUCCUGCUGGAACACUCACCAAGACCUCAGUAAUGCUAGGCUGUGGGGAAACACCUGAUCAAGUUGUAAGUACUAUGGAAAAGGUGAGAGCAGCAGGUGUUGAUGUGAUGACAUUUGGUCAAUAUAUGAGGCCAUCAAAGCGUCAUAUGCCAGUAUCUGAAUAUAUUACUCCUGAGGCCUUUGAGAAGUAUCGAGUACUUGGCAUGGAUAUGGUAUGUGUUACCUUUCUAUAGGAUUUCGUUAUGUGGCAUCUGGUCCCAUGGUGAGGUCAUCGUACAAGGCGGGUGAAUUCUACAUCAAAUCUAUGAUAGAAUCUGAUCGCGCUGCAUCUUUGUCAUAGGUGCCUAUGUGAUACUUCCAUUUUUUUUUUCCCUAUACAAAACAUGAAACCAUCAAACUGUUUAUUGUUCGAAUGGUAAUUCCCCUGGCAUAAGACCAGUGAGCUUUAGGACAAGUCUAUAGCAACUGGAUUAUGGAUGAAAUUGAUCGGUUGUGACCCCCCAAAAAAAAAUUAAAAAAAAAAUCCUGUUUGGCUUGUACAUAGGUUGCAUGAGCUUGAUUGGCCACCAGUCAUGUUGUUUAAUUUUAAUAAUGUUCUGGCUCUGAAUCCGAUUUGUUGUAAUUAUUGGAAUUUCUUUUUGGUU